AUUUCACUUCCUGUAUUUCUUAGGUGAGUCACCUGAGUAAAGCCGUGAAUUGCUUAGGUUUUUGUCGAUAUUGGAGUUUCAAAGGCCUUGAGAUCAGUCUGUAUUAUUUCUUUGGAAUUAUUGAACCCAUCUGGAUGAAUAUCAGGAAGUGUUCCUUUAGUUUUCCUUCACUUUUAUGAGGACUGUCUGUUGAUAGGGAGGAUUUCAUUUUGCUGCAUAAUACUUUAUAAUAGUGGACUAACUGGUAUUUAUUUCUGGAUUUUACUUCUCCGUCAUUGCAAGUGACCUCUAGAUUUUGUUGGGGAAGGAACUUUUCCAGGACUUUUAUAAUGAAUGUAUUUAUUCAAGGACAAGCAGGGGCGUCUGCGCUCCUGUUCCUUUUGGUCUUUGUGAACUCCACCGCCGGCCAGGAGCUCGGUGAGAAAUGUUUGGCUAAAUUCCGCCAAGGCAAGGACGACUUUGUACUCGAUGCCGAUGGAUCGGUGAAAGACGGGGCCACGUUCCUUUCUGCGCCGAAACUAGAGCGAGACAGAGACUGUUUGACCGCCUGCUGCAAGCAGCCGCGCUGCAAUGUCGCCUUCAUGGAACGAGGAGACGAGGAAGGUUUAAUCCAGUCCUGCUUUCUGUUUGACUGUCUGUAUAAGCAGAAAUACGCCUGCCGCUUUGUCCGGAAGAAAGGAUUCAUUAAUUAUAUAAUGGAAUCCAUUUAUGAGCGCUAUCGUGACGGGAAUGCCACCCCAAAUGAAACUGACAAUCCACCAGUGGCUAACGCAGGCCCAGACCGAGUGGUCCAGCCUCAUGACAGUGUGACACUGAAUGGCAUCCAGAGCACUGAUGACAAUGAGAUUGGCUCGUACAACUGGCAGAUCAUUGGAGAUUAUCCAUACGUUUUGAUAGAGAAAACCACUUUUGCUGAUCAGAUUAUUGUUUCCAAUCUGACGUCAGGGACUUACAAGUUCCAGCUGACUGUCACAGACAACAUCGGUCAGUCAGACUCAACGACAAUUACCGUCAUGGUCCUCACCCAAGCGCAAUCUGAGCAUCACUGUAUGGUUCCGGUGAAACCUGGACCAUGUCGCGGUUCUUAUCCUCGCUGGCAUUACAACGCUGCUUCAGGGAAAUGCGAGAAGUUCAGUUACGGGGGCUGCAAGCCGAAUCUCAACAAUUAUCUCUCAGAAGAAGAGUGUACCAAUGCUUGUGAUGGCACAGAAAAAAGUGGUGGAACUAGUAGAGGUUUGCUUAUUCCAUCUGAAGAAAAAUGUGGUGUUGAGUGCACCGCAGAACAGUUCAGCUGUGCCAAUGGUUGCUGUCUGGAUGCAGGACUGGAGUGCGACUCAGUUGAACAGUGUGGCGAUGGGUCAGACGAGCAUAAAUGCGACUACUUGAACAAGAAGUUUCGAUUUCUGCUGGCUAUUCCACUGGAUGAAAACAAAGUACGCUGCACAGAGACCCCUGACACAGGAAACUGCAGAGAAACUUACUCCAAGUGGUACUACGACCCUUUUUCACAGAAAUGCAUCCGCUUCAACUAUGGUGGCUGUGGGGGAAAUGAGAACAGGUUUGACGAUCAGGAGACCUGUAAGAACUUUUGUCGUAAUGUAACAGAGGGUGAUGUUUUUCUAAGAAAGGAAGAAAUUGAAAGAAGUGUGUCUGACAGCCAUACAGGUAUUGUAGCGAUAGCUGUUCUCCUGGGUUUAUGCAUUUUAAUCCUCCUCAUCCUCCUGGGCUACUUCUACAUGAAGGGAAGGAGGUCUAAGCAACACCAACGUGUGCCCAUCAACGCCCCAGUUACUACUUCAGCGGGCAGAGAGCGGCUGGUGUAUAACAGCACCACUAAACCCAUAUGACUGAAGUUGUAUCAUACACUGAGCAAAGUCAGACAGAUGAUAGAAGUCUGUCCUUGAGUGCUGUAGGAGAUGUUUGUUUUUCCUAUUUAGUCCUAUGGAUGUGUUUUUAAAAGUGUUGUAAGCCGAGUGCAGAGAACUUUCACUGAUAAAUAUGUGAUGUCUUGUGUAUUGAAGCUGUGGAUCAGUGAGUUUGUGAAUGAUAGUUUGCCCUCAGGUUAAAAGGGAGAGGAUUGUCUAAGUAGAUUAUCCAUCCAUUUAGGUAUUUUCUUAUUUUAUAACUGCUUUUUCUUCCACUAAAUUUAGUCAGUUAUUCAUUUACUGUUUUUCUUGAAAAAAAGAUAAAUUUACCAUCAAACCUGGGGACCGUGUUGGCCCUUUACAUCACAGUGUAAGUCUAACAUCUUUUUGCAUUUUCUUCCAAUCAAAUUUUAACAAGUGUUGUAAACGUUUUAGAUAAAAUUGACCCUUUUUUAAUAUUUUGGGAUCUUGCAAGCUUCUUCACUCAGAUUUCUUUUUAAGAUGCCCUUUCAUCUCUUGUUACAUACACCUUUUGGAUUUCGCACAUAUACAUAUUGUUGUACAUAGGCUCUGAAUUUGAAAAAAGUCAUGUUUUUUCUUUAGUUAUAUUUUUGAGUUUUAUUUUCAACAACAAGCAUAAAAUCUUAUAGAAUACGUAUUAACUCUUUCUUUUUAAAAUUCAUUGUUUUAAACUUCUUACAUUUGUACAUGUGAGCUGAAGUGUUUUCCUUUAACUUUAUGAUGUUCAUACUGAAUAAAAAUAUAAACUCA